AUGAUGAACCCAUUUGAUGAUGAUGCUGAUGAGCAGAAGGGUCACUCCAUAAAACUACCGUAUGCUGCUUACACGCGAAGUACAAGCCCAACAAAGAGGUAUCAACCAUUGGACUAUGACAGCGAAGAGGAUAUAUCUGAAGGUUUUAUUGGGUUUCCAGCCUCAGAGAUCAAACAGACUCGCGAAGGGGGAAUCAAACAAUCACCAAAUAUCUUCUCGAGAAGCACCGGGACAGCUGGCUACCAAGACAAAACUACCAAGUCCCCAUUUGUUGGUAAUGCACCUAAAUUGGAGUUUGAUCCUAAUAUGGAUAUCGAUUCCACGCCUAGAGCACAGUAUACUUCACGCGAAUCACCAAAGAGGCAGAGAAAUACUGAGGUUUUGAUUGAUGACAAAGACGAUGUAUACGAUGGGUCUCCAUUGAGAAAUUCUUUCAGAGGGAGUGAAAUCAGCAGUCAAAGAUACUUGGAUCCCCCGCAACCAAUAUUCUCACCUGGUGCACUUUAUGAAGCUGGCCACUACACCGACGAUCAAAGCACGUAUUGCGGCGAGGAGAAAAAGUUCGGCAUGGAUGAUGCAAAGGAAGAGAGUAGAGAGGAUGCGAAAUCUUUGUACUCCGAAUCUACAGCAUACACCGGAUACUCACAUGUGUCUGAUCCGAAUGAUGAAGCUCAAUAUUUUACCGAAUCAAUCGAUGGUAACCUCAUGCAAAACAUCGACGCAGUGUAUGAUCCUCAUAGGGAAAAAACCGUCACACGCAGGAAAGUAAGACUUGUCGGUGGCAAGAAGGGGAAUUUAGUUUUGGAAAAUCCCGUGCCAGGUGAAUUACGCAAGGUCUUGACUCGAACGGAGUCGCCAUUUGGAGAAUUCACAAAUAUGUCAUAUACAGCAUGUACUUCGAACCCCGAUACAUUUAUUGAAGAAGGGUUUACAUUGAGAGCUGCAAAGUAUGGAAGAGAAACAGAGAUUGUAAUUUGCAUCACCAUGUACAACGAGGAUGAAUUUGCGUUCGCUAGAACUAUGCAUGGGGUAAUGAAAAAUGUUGCUCAUUUAUGUUCCAGACGUAAAUCUAAAGUUUGGGGAAAAGAUAGUUGGAAGAAAAUUCAAGUGAUAAUUGUGGCAGAUGGUAGGAAUAAAGUUAAUGAAUCAGUGCUACAAUUACUCACAGCAACGGGAUGCUAUCAGGAUAACUUAACGAGGCCAUACGUCAAUAAUAAGCAAGUGAAGGCACACUUGUUUGAGUACACCACCCAGAUAUCCAUUGACGAGCAGUUAAAGUUUAAAGGUGAUGAAAAAAACUUGACCCCAGUUCAAGUCUUGUUCUGCUUAAAAGAGCAAAAUCAGAAGAAAAUUAACUCACACAGAUGGCUAUUUAAUGCAUUUUGUCCCGUAUUAGACCCAAAUGUGAUAGUUCUUCUUGACGUGGGGACAAAGCCAGACAAUCAUGCCGUUUAUAAUUUAUGGAAAGCGUUUGACAAAGACUCAAAUGUUGCAGGUGCAGCAGGUGAGAUCAAGGCAAUGAAGGGCAAGGGCUGGAGAAACUUAAUUAACCCUUUGGUUGCUUCUCAAAAUUUUGAGUACAAGCUAUCGAAUAUUCUUGACAAGCCACUAGAGUCUCUAUUCGGGUACAUAUCUGUCCUUCCAGGUGCUUUAUCAGCAUACCGCUACAUCGCUUUGAAAAAUCACGAAGAUGGCACGGGGCCAUUGGCUUCAUACUUUAAAGGAGAAGAUUUACUAAAGUCUCAUGAAAAAGACAAAGAGAAUACCAAAACAAACUUCUUUGAAGCAAAUAUGUAUUUGGCGGAGGACAGAAUUUUGUGUUGGGAACUUGUAUCAAAAAAGGGUGAUAACUGGGUUUUGAAAUUCGUCAAGCUGGCCACAGGGGAAACUGACGUACCGGAAAGUAUCUCUGAAUUUUUAUCCCAGAGAAGACGCUGGAUUAAUGGUGCAUUUUUUGCAGCGUUGUACUCAUUAUAUCAUGGAAAAAAAGUUUGGUAUACAGACCAUUCGUUUGCGAGAAAGUUUUGGCUAAACGUUGAAUUUUUGUACCAGACGGUGAAUUUAGUGUUUUCAUUUUUUUCGUUGAGCAACUUCUACUUGACUUAUUACUUUCUUACUGGCUCACUUGUGUCGUACAAGCACAUAGGUCACAAUGGAGGGUUCUGGAUCUUCACUUUGUUCAAUUAUCUAUGCAUCUGCGUGUUGACGUCGUUAUUCAUUGCUUCCAUCGGAAACCGACCCCACGCUUCGAAGAACAUAUUUAAAGUUCUUAUAAUCUUGCUAACUGUUUGCGCAUUGUAUGCGUUAAUUGUUGGAUUAGUUUUUGUUAUCAAAACAAUAGACCAAUUUGGCCUGGGAGACACGUCGUCCUACGUUUUGGUAAGUAUUGUGGUUUCGCUACUUUCCACCUAUGGGUUAUACACAUUGAUGUCAAUAUUGUACCUAGAUCCAUGGCAUAUGUUGACUUGUGCCGUACAAUACUUCUUAUUGAUUCCAGCUUAUACUUGCACGUUGCAAAUAUAUGCAUUUUGCAAUACCCACGAUGUUUCAUGGGGUACAAAGGGGGAUAACAACCCGGACGAUGACAAAAGUAACCAAUACAUCAUCGAGCAGAAUGCACAGGGUGAGUACGAGGCAGUUGUGAUGGAUGUAAAUAUCGACGAGGUCUACCUCGAGACAUUAUAUAACAUAAGGGCAAACAGGUCGGGCAAAAAAUUGAAUAAGAAGAAGGCCACCAAACACGUCUUAGACGGGGAUGACUACGCCAAAGAUGUUCGAACAAAAGUGGUGCUUUUUUGGAUGUUGGCCAAUUUAAUCUUUAUCAUGACUAUGGUUCAAGUUUACGAGCCUGGAGAUACAGCUCAAAACAUUUAUCUUGCAUUUAUUUUAUGGACAGUUGCCGCUUUAUCACUCUUCAGAGCUGUAGGUUCUUGUGGAUAUUUACUUCAAGAUUACGCUCGUAGCUUGGUUGAAAUUUCUAGCAAAUGGAAAAACAAAAGAGCAGGCUAUAACCAAACCAAUAAUAACCCCUUAAAUAAUUAG